AUGGCCAACCUUCGCCGCCUCGUCCUGGCCGUCGGAGCUCUGCUCCCGGUCGUCCUCGGUGCUCCCGCUGUCAAGCGCGACGAGCCCAAGGCUGUCCCCGGCAAAUACAUCGUCACCCUCAAGGAGGACGCUGCCGCCAACCUCGAGUCCCACUUGAACUGGGUCUCCGACGUCCACCGCCGCUCUCUCACCAAGCGUGACACCGCCGGUGUUGAGGAGAAGUUCAACAUCAGCAAUUGGAACGCCUACUCUGGCGAGUUCGACGAGGCUACCAUUGAGGAGAUCAAGGCCAGCCCCGAGGUCGCUCUUGUUGAGCCUGACUACUACAUGUACCUCUCCUACACCGUCGAUGAGGUCAACCCCAAGCGUGCCCUGACCACCCAGUCCGGUGCUCCCUGGGGUCUCGGUACCAUCUCCCACAAGACCUCUGGUUCCACCCAGUACAUCUACGACACCUCUGCUGGUGCCAACACCUACGCCUACGUCGUCGACUCUGGCGUCAUUGCCACCCACUCCCAGUUCGGCAACCGUGUCACUCUCGGCCACAACGUCUUCUCCGGCGCCCACACCGACACUCUCGGCCACGGUACCCACGUUGCCGGCACCAUCGGUGGCUCCACCUACGGUGUUGCCAAGCAGACCAACAUCAUCUCCGUCAAGGUCUUCCAGGGCCGUGAGGGUACCACCUCUUCCAUCCUUUCCGGCUUCAACUGGGCUGUGAACGACAUCGUCUCCAAGUCCCGUGCCGGCCGCUCCGUCGUCAACCUGUCCCUCGGUGGCCCCGCCUCCACCACCUGGACCAACGCCAUCCAGGCCGCCUACACCCAGGGCGUCCUCUCCGUCGUUGCCGCCGGCAACGGUGACGACUUCGGCAACCCCCUCCCCGUCUCCAGCCAGUCCCCCGCCAACGCCCCCAACGCCCUGACCGUCGCCGCCAUCGACUCCGCCUGGCGCCCUGCCUCCUUCACCAACUACGGUGCUGGCGUCGACAUCUUCGGACCCGGUGUCUCCAUCCUCUCCGCCUACAUCGGCGGCAACUCCGCCACCGCCUCCCUCAGCGGUACCUCCAUGGCUGCCCCCCACCUUGCUGGUCUGGCCGUCUACCUCCAGGCUCUCGAGGGUCUCUCCACCCCCGCUGCCGUCACCAACCGCAUCAAGGCCCUCGGCACCUCCGGCCGCAUCACCGGCACCCUCCGUGGAAGCCCCAACCUGGUUUCCUACAACGGCAACGGCGCCUAA